AUGGAUGAGGCCUUGAACGUGACCUCUGGAAGCUUACAUUCUCUGAGCAGCCACACGCUUACGAGGCUGACUUCAUCCACACCCCAUUGAGUUCCACUCCCCUGGACAGUAUUACUGGUUUAUGGGUAGACGUGUUGCCUGGUUCUGGCCAAUGAACUAAGGGAAGUUCUACAGAAGAUGCUCUGGGCACACCAAGAAGAAAUGGCCUCUCCUUCCUUUGAAAGUCUCCAUAGAAUGAAUCACAUGUCUCCCAGGUUGAGAGCUUUCCUCUCUGAACCCAUUGGAGAAAAGGAUGUUGUCUGCAUAGAUGGGAUCAGCCAUGAACUUGCAAUCAAUUUGGUCACCAAAGGUUUCAACAAGGCCUACACCCUGCUGGGACAGUUUCUUCUGAUGCACAAGAACGAAAUGGAGUUUCAGAGAUGGCUCAUUUGUUGUUGUGGUGCCACGGAGCGUGAGGCCCAGGAGAGCACUAACUGCCUGAAGGAGUGGUGCUCCUGCUUCCUAUGA